AACCAAUGAGACUACAAGGUUUUUUAUUGAUAAACCAAUAGAAUUACAAAGUUAAAAUUACAAGGAAGAGAUUAAAAAGGAAAUAAAAGAAAUGGGAAGAUUAUUUUGGGACACUAAAAAAGGAAACGGGAAUAACAUUUAGAUUUGGAGGGAGUAUAUAAUUAUAUAUAGUUGGUGGAGUACGUCAAAAAGCCAUGCAUGACGUAAACACGUCUAGUAAUCCACAUGCAUGCAUGAUGCAUGAUUAGUUCGGCUAGUCAACCACUAAUAAUACCGAGUACCAUUUCUCACUAUAAUUAGAAAUAAUAAUAAAUGAUCAAUAUUUCCAACUUGCAAUCCGACCCACAAACACUAAAUAAUUAAACUAAAAUUAUAAAAUCUAAUUUAAAGUGUACACAUUACAACGGUCCAAACUUUACACUACAACGUUAACAAUCAAAAACCGAAAAUUGAAUUAUAGAAUUCUACAAUAAUCAGGAUUUAAAUUAAAGAGUUUAUUUUCUUCACUUUUUAUUAAUCCAAAAAAAAUGAAGCAAGAAAUAGAAAGAUCAUUAACAUCUUUAUCCUCAAAAAAAGCUCCAAUGGUAUGGGAUUGUGGGAGUCCUCUCUAUGAUUCAUUUGAAUUAUCUUCUUUAUCUCACAUCAUCGAACGGCAUAUGAUGGCUUUGCCACCAUCAUCAUCAUCAUCUUCAUCGACAAGAUCAUCGUUGUCGUCGUCGUGUUCGUCCUUACGAUCCGAAGGUACUAGCUUUGAUGAAGGUUUGAAGAGGAAGGUGGAGUGGGAAGAAGUGAGUAAGAAGAAGAAGGCAGAAAAGAGGAUUAAGGUUACAUCUGGUCAAACCUUCCCCUAACAUCACUACAUGACAAACCAAGACUUUUUCCAAAACAGACGUGGCAGCUAUGACGCACUACCUUUUACUUUAGAGAUCUUGCUGACAAUGUUCUUCAACUUUAAACGCGUCGUUUUUACCACUUAAAACUUGGUCGUUCCAGAUUACAGUUGACAUCGUCGGGAAUUCAGUUGACGUGUUCCUUAUUCCCUCAAAAAAAAAAUUACUCUUUACUCGUCGAUGACUUCUUCAUCCCCUUCAAAUUCAAGCAAACUAUAAAGGG